UACAAUGUUACUUUUACUUGGGACAAUAACGUUACUAGGGUCUUUAAUCAUUUCAAAAUGCCAGCAAGACAUGUUAAUACGAUCGCAAGGGGUCUUCCAGUUUAAAGAUCCCUCAAAUUCGACAUCCCAAACGAGACCUCGAGGAGCCAUGAUGGACCUGGCUAUGAGGGCUCUUUCGCCUGUAAGACGACCAACUACGACGUCUGUUGAUUUCUUUGGAUUUCUGAGAGAUGCAUAUCCGUUGCCUGGCGGUCAAACGGACGCGUGGGCAGAGUACGAUUACGUGAUAGUAGGUGCGGGCUCGGCAGGCAGCGCUGUAGCCUCACGAUUGACGGAGCAGCGUGACGUCACAGUCCUGGUGCUGGAGGCGGGCAGAGCUGAAAACAUCCUUACCGACGUGCCAGCGCUCGCGCCGUACUUUCAACGGACGGAGUACGCGUGGCAGUACAGGACGGAGCCGCAGCCGGGCGUGUGUUUAGGUAUGGAAGGCCGCCGUUGCCUUUGGCCCAGGGGCCGCGCUGUUGGCGGUACCAGCGUGAUCAAUUACAUGCUCUACACAAGAGGUCGGCCCGAGGACUGGGACAGGAUAGCUCGGGACGGGAAUUACGGCUGGUCAUACGAGGACGUGCUGUCAUAUUUCAUGAAACUAGAAAGGUCAAAUCUCAUAGAAAACAAUGAAAAUCCAUAUAAAGGUCACAGUGGAAAAGUUUCUAUUGAAAAUCCACCGUUGAGAACCCGUUUGAUACAAGCUUUUUUGGCUGCUGGUAGACUUCUGGGCGAUAAAACAGUCGACUACAACGACCCUGACAAAGUGGGCCUGGGAUACGCGCAGACCACAACAUCCAAGGGUCAUCGCCACAGCGCUGCUAAAGCGUACCUACACCCCCACAAAAACCGAAAAAAUUUGCACAUUUUGCCAGAAACCAGAGCUACAAAAGUGGUUAUCGAUAAAGCUACCAAAACCGCAACCGGUGUAGAAUACGUACGAAAUGGCAUGAGAUACAUGGUAAAAGCAAGGAGGGAGGUUAUUUUAUCAGCGGGGCCCAUAGAAUCGCCUAAACUUCUCAUGUUAUCAGGAAUAGGCCCGGAGAACCACUUGAAAAAGUUUAACAUAACCGUACUUCAAAAUUUAAGCGUUGGCAGGACUUUGUAUGAUCAUAUUUCAUUUGACGGGAUAGUGUUUACGUUAAAUACGUCGAACAUCAGUUUAAUAGAAUCUAGAGAGGCUAAUCUACCAAAUAUAAUAAGAUGGAUUAAUUAUGGCGAUGGUCCGCUUGCUUCUCCUGGUGGAGUCGAAGGACUUGGUUAUAUUAAAACGGACGUGCCGCAUGAGGAUGAUGUUUAUGUAGACCUCGAGUUGCUAUCCAUCGGAGGUUCAAUCGGUUCCGACGGAGGUGGAGCCAUCCGGCAAGGAAUGAGGAUAAGAGACGAUGUAUUCAAUCCAGCCUACGGGCCCAUCGUCAAUAGAGAAACCUGGAGCGCCUUCCCGAUGCUCUUAUAUCCAAAAUCCAGAGGCUACUUAGAAUUAAGGGAUAAGAAUCCGUUAAGCCCACCGAAAAUUGUUAAUAAUUACCUAACACAUCCGAGAGAUGUAGCGACAAUGCUUGCCGGAAUACGAUAUGUAAUCAAAAUGGGUGACUUGACGCCGUUUAAAAAAUACGGAUCAGCAUUAUUCCAGCCGAAUUUUCCGGAAUGUAGAAAUCGAACAUUUAAUAGAGAUGACUUCUGGGAAUGUGCGCUACGACAGCUCACGCAGACGGAGCACCACCAAAUAGCAACGUGCAAGAUGGGCCCAGUCUCCGACCCAGACGCCGUAGUAGACAAUGAAAUGAAGGUGUAUGGAAUAGAAAGACUACGGGUCAUCGACAGCAGUAUAAUUCCUAGACAUAUAGCUGCACACACUAAUGGACCGGCCAUGAUGAUCGGCGAAAAAGGCGCGGACCUGCUUAAACAAGCUUGGAAAUGGAAAACUGAGAAUUAUCAACAAAGUGUGCCACAGAAUAAGGAUAAUGAGUUCUAUUUAAUAUGA